GGCGCCGGCGCUGCGUCAGUCGACGAUCUGGCAGCCCCUGCGCCCCAGCCCGCGCCUCUUGCCCCGCCCUCCGCGACCAGCUGUUACUACGAGUACCGCGUGCGAAGUGGCGUCCUCGCACUGAUAAAUAAGGAACAAUGAAUUGUCGGGACGGCUGCGUGCGGACCACCAUCUGACCCUUUGCGGCGCUGCGGUCUACGCCUGCCAACCCAGUAUCCGUGCGUUGUGUGAUCUAGCCGCUGUGUGUGUGCUGAAUUAGAGCGGAGAUGUCGUCGACGUCGUUCAACUUUCCGCCGCAGAGGUACUCGGCCGUUUACACCAACGACGGGGCAACUAUUGCGAAUACGGUGUGCCACACCCCCACGGAUACCGAGGCGGCUCCCCCCGCACCCUCAGUCACGCCUCUCCCUCGUCGUUCACUGUUUAGCUGUUUUCACUGCGCGUUUCGAAAGCGCUUCAAAGAGAUACGGAAAAACAAACACGCCGCUAAAAGCAAGGUCGCUGUGCCUGGCAAAGAGGAAGAACGUUGGCGCAGCAAAGAUGAAGGCGCUUUAUUUAAGCGCUGGCGGCGUACCACCACGCCUGCCGAACCUGACUCUCCUGCACCUGCUGCACCCGCAGCAGCGCAGCCCUCGGACCUUCUAAAGUUCCUAGCUAUUAAUGCAUUAGAGUUAUCAGCCCCAGCAUCUGAUGCGCUGCUGAAGUCCCGCUCCUCGGAGUGGUUUCAGCUAGCAGGUCAUCCAGGUUCCCUGGCGCCUGCUGGUCCCGGCACCGUGUGGAAACGUCGCGCGCCCGGAGAUCACCCGCAACAUAAUCCGGAACGCGACGCGUACGAAGCUCUCACUACCUGUCCGCAUAUGAGCUCAGCCAUCCCGCGCUUCUACCGGGAACUUGAAUAUGGUGGCGAGAGAUUUAUUGAGCUCCAAGACCUCCUUCACGGCUUCCGCGAUCCUCAUGUCAUGGACAUCAAGAUGGGCACUCGUACGUUCCUAGAAGAUGAAGUCAGUAACGCUCGUGCUCGCACCGACCUGUAUGAGAAAAUGGUGCGACUUGAUCCCAAUGCCCCCACUGAAAGCGAGCAUGCAGCACGUGCCGUCACUAAAUUGCGCUACAUGCAGUUCCGUGAACAAUGCUCGUCUUCGGCCGAACUUGGCUUCCGCAUUGAAGCAGUGAAGCUCCCUGGACAACCUCCGCUCACCGAUCUACAGAAGGUGCGCGAACCAGACCAGCUUGCCGCCACCGUGGCGAGGUUCUUCGGCAACGAUGAACGUGCUCGGCGAGCCGUAACCGCGCGACUUCGCGAAAUCAGAGAACUAUUCAAACGCUCAGAUUUCUUCAAAACCCAUGAAAUCGUCGGUAGCAGCAUAUUUAUCAUUUAUGAUGAUGAGCGUGUUGGCGCCUGGUUGAUCGACUUCGCUAAAACCAGACGUGUCCCGGAAGGCACAGAAGUUAACCAUCAAGAUCCUUGGCAGCAAGGAAACCACGAGGAGGGAUUCCUUUACGGUUUGGAUAGAUUGAUACAAACGAUAGAGAAUGCGCAGUUGCCGGCGCAAGAUGAUGAAACGGCGAGUGAGCCGGAUGUGUCACGCUGAACUCACGGCGAGAGGACCCUGGACUCGCCUCGCGGUCGUUAUCACCGCCUGACAGGCGCCGCGCUUGCGCCUGAAUCCGCCCCAGUUAAGCCUGCGCCCACCCGUUGGCGCAGGGAGGAGUAGCACGAAAUUCGUGCAUAUGAAUGAGAAUUAAGAUGUAUUUGAAAAUUCUCUAUGAUUGAAUUAAUCGCCUAAUGUUUUGAUCUAGUCUUAAAUUAUUUUAAUACAUGAUAUGAU